GGACAAGUAACGACCGCAGAAGAAGAAAAUAAUGAAGCUAAUACAAACGAGUGCGACGAAAAUGAAGAAGAACCUGAAAGAAAGAGAAGAAAACGGAAUAUAAAUGAAGACAUGCAAGUAUACCUCGAAAACAUGCCUUGUUGCGGCUACUACGAAAAGAGUUACAUGCACCGAGAUGUCCUGAUUGACCUUUCAGUGACCUCUAAGACUGGCUUCGUAAUAACCUCCAGUGUAGAUGGUCACGUGAAGUUCUGGAAGAAACUGACAGACUCGAUUGAAUUUGUAAAACACUUCAGAGCUCACCUGGGAAAGAUCAUGGACGCCUCGUGUAGUAAUGAUGGAACGCUGUAUUGUACAGUUGCGGACGACAAAACAUUGAAAGUGUUUGAUGUUCCGAACUACGAUAUGUGUAAUAUGAUUAACGUGGAUUUCCAACCUAGUUUAUGCCAGUGGAUUUUUAAAUCAGGAGAUGCAAUAAAUGCAAUAGCCGUUACAGAAAAAGACUCAAGCAGAAUCCAUGUUUUCGACGGCAAGGGCACCAAAGAAGCCUUGAAGAUAUUAGAUACCAUACAUAGAAAGCCUAUCUGCGCUAUAACAUACAAUGUGCCUUUUGAGACCGUAAUUUCAGCAGAUGUUUCUGGGAUGAUCGAGUUUUGGACUGGUCCUAAAAAUAUGUACGAAUUCCCUGAUUGCGUUGAGUUUGAGUUCAAAACAGACACCGAUUUGUACGAAGUUGCAAAGAACAAAUCGUAUUGCACCCGUUUAUCUGUGUCUAAUAGUGGAAAAAUGUUUUGCGCAGUAUGUUUUGACCAUUUUGUACGUGUAUUCAAGUUCCGAUCUGGUAAAUUAUAUCGUGCGUUUGACGAAUCAUUUAAAAACUCGACGGAAAUUCAACAGAAGAAUGAAUACUUAUCGACUAUGGAGUUCGGUAAGCGAAUGGCAGUCGAGAAGGAUCUACAUAAAAGUGAUUUCGUCUCGAGAAGUAACGCCUUGUUUGAUGAGAGUGGGAAUUUUCUUCUCAUUCCAUCUGUGCUGGGAGUGAAAGUUAUGCACAUAAAGACAAAGGGGUGUGUUAAGUUCAUUGGGCAAUCGGAGUCUUUGCGAUUGCUGUCAAUUGCACUCUACCAAGACUGUCCGGACAAAUCAUCCGCGUGUCUAACAAUGGACAUGAAGGCCAGUAAGAACCCCACUCUGGAUCUAAUGAAGAAUGACCCAUGUUUGUUUUCCUGUGCAUUCAAGCAAAAAAGAUUCUAUAUCUUCAGCAAUCGUGAUCCUCAGCGUAAAGAUGGGGAUCGCGAUGUACUGAACGAAAAGCCAACGAAAGAGGAACAGAUAGCUGCUUCAGGAGUGAAUGCAUCCGGACCACAGACUGCAACCAAAGCAUGCAUUCACACAGUACUCGGAGACAUACACGUGAACUUAUUCGCAGACAAGUGUCCCAAAACAGUCGAGAACUUCGUCACGCAUGCUAGAAAUGGAUACUACAGCAACCAUAUUUUCCACAGAGUCAUAAAGGCUUUCAUGAUUCAAACGGGAGACCCAACAGGAACCGGGAUGGGUGGCGACAGUAUAUGGGGGCAUGAAUUCGCCGAUGAGAUACACCCUUCGUUGAAACAUGAUAAGCCUUAUACUCUGAGUAUGGCCAAUUCUGGCCCGGGAACAAAUGCGAGUCAGUUUUUCAUUACAGUAGUUCCGACUCCUUGGCUUGAUGGAAAACACACUGUGUUCGGAAGAGUGUACAAGGGACUUGACGUUGUGAAAAAUAUAUCAGAAGUGAGAGUCAAUCCUAGGACCGAAAAACCGUAUGAAGAUGUGAAAGUGUUGAACAUAUCUACAACUUGAUAUUAAUUUUGUGCUAGCUUAAUCGAAUUGUUUCCAACUUAUUUACAUCAGGCGAUUUCUCACUAGGAAUUACUAGGAAGACGCUAUUUUGCUGAAAUGUUCCGUUCAAGUGUUUUUUUUUGUGAAAGAACAAAUAUCAAAAGUAAUGCAUUCAUAUACUUUUUCCUCAGUACUCUCCGUGAGAUCAGUUUGUCAUAAGAGAAUAUGAAAUAAUAUCUCAGUGAGCAAGACUUUUUGGUUGAUGUGCGAACAUCCCGUUAUCUGCGAAUAUCCGGUUAUCUGCUCAAAGAGCAUCAAAAAAAUAAAUUCUCCAACUUAAAGAAGUGGGAGGCAAGGGCGCAAAGAAGAUUUCAAACGUAGAGCCUGAAAGCUUAGAAAAAAUCAAAGAUAGCCGGUUACUUUGCAAGUAGCACAGAAUGUUCCGACCAUAGUCUUAAAAAUACAACAAUAAAGUUAUAUUUUCAAAUUAUUGUCGUUUUUUGUGCGUAGUGUGAUAAAGGAUCUGAA